AUGGAUAACCUCGAAAAUAACUUACCAGGUACACCGCCUACACCACCACCUGUGUUAUCACCCCAAGCGAAUAGCCCCGGCUCAAAUAAUAAUAAUGUGAAUCCGAAUCCGAAUGAUAAUAUGGUAAACCUUGUUAAUUCAUUACUCCAACAGAAUGCACAGAUGCUUCAGAUGUUGCAACUACAAAACAGCAUGUCAACAAUAAGUAAUCCUGUACCAAAUUUUAAUAUAAUGCCAGAUUUAUCUAAAACUAUUGAGAAAUUUAAUGGUGAAGGUGAUUCCAGCCAAGCAGCAGUAUGGUUAAAGCAAAUUGAGUCUACAGCGGUACUACACAAUUGGCCAGAUGCAUUUAUAUACCAAACAGCCAAAAGCAAUCUCGAAGGUGCUGCAAAGUUCUGGUUUAUAGGCCGAAAUGAAGAAAUCACAGAUUGGUCCACAUUCAAAACAGCUUUCCGGAAAACGUUUCUGUUUUCACAAAAUAAAACAGAUUUAUGGAGAAAGAUGCAAGAGUGUACUCAAAAUCAAAAUGAGAAUGUUUCCAUUUAUUUCCAUAUGAAAGUUUCUCUAUGCAAAUCACUCGAACUGCCAUUUGAAGAAACAAAAGAACAAAUUGCCAUUGGUUUGUGGAGUAAGGAAUUAAGUAAUUUUAUUAUGUCAAAAGAGCAUUGUGAUGAAGACACCCUGUAUCAAGACAUUGUGAGUUAUGAAAGAAUUGUUAGUGCUCGAAAAUGUAGAAUAAGCGAUAGAAGAGAGAAACCUAAUGCAAAGGAAAACUAUAAUACAAAACGUGAACAUUCAAAAUACGACUUGCCAAGAAUAACUACUUUUAAAAAUAAUCCAGCUACUAGAAGCAAAGCUAUUAGAUGUUUCAACUGUAAUGUGAUUGGACAUUCCGCAGUUCAAUGUACUCAACCAGCUAGACAAAAGGGUUCGUGUUAUACGUGUGGAGCAAUGGAUCACCAAAGAAAUAAUUGCCCCAAGAAUGAGUUCAGGAUGAAUCCACCCAAGGUCAAAGUAGAAAGUAACACUGCACUAUUUGUGGAACAGCAUAAUGCAAGUGGGUAUAUGUUACCAAUUUGUCUUUUGAAGGACAAAAUUUCUAUUUAUAUUGAUUCUAUUGUAGAUUCAGGUAGUGCUAUAUCCUUAAUAACUUUAGAUACUGUAAAAUCUUUCAAUUUUGAAUUUUCUGAUAUUCCUGAGAAAACUUUCCAGGGUAUUAACCAAAGUAAACUAGAAAUUUUGGGUUCUGUGUUGUUUAAAAUGAAAGUUAAUGACAUACUUAUUGAUUUACUCAUUUAUGUUGUACCAAAUGAAACCAUACCAUAUAAAUGUCUGUUAGGUAGAGAUUUUAUGCAGAACGACAAACUUACCAUAUCUUUUUCAGGUAAUAAAGUAGAGAUUUCUUCUAAAGAUAUUGAAAAUACAAAUAUUGACAAUGAUAUUUUACAUAUUGACUAUGUAGAUAAAAAUGAAAUUAAUAUUGAUAUCAAUCCUAAUUUAAAUAAUUUAGAUCGACAAAAGUUAGUUGAUAUUUUUAUGACUGAUUAUGUAAAUCCAGAAAGACCUAAUGAACCUAUGACUAAAUGUGAAAUGAAAAUUGUUGUAGAUCCAAAUCAUGUUCCUUUUUAUUAUAAACCUCGUAGGUUAUCAUAUGCUGAAAAAAAUGCUUUUCAGCAGAUCGUCGUUUUCACAGAAGUGAACGAUCGCAUUAUUUUCAGAUUAUCAUUAUAUCAGUUGUUGGAGUUGAUAGAAGUAGACGAUACUGAUAAAGAUGGUGCAGAUAUUUAUAUUCAGACUUCUAGGGUAAAUUUGGUCGAAUCUGAGGAAUAUGCACCAUCCAAAGCUAAGCGUAAAAAAGCACUGGAUAAACUCAAAUUUGAAUAA